AUGUCAAUUGAAUAUGAUGAGAAGACCAAGGCCUCCGCCGAGCUGGCCGCCGAGGAAAGCAACAGCAACCAUGGUGAAAUGGUCAACGCUUCUGGUCACAAACAGGAGCUCGAGCGCAACUUCAGCCUGUUGAGCAUCUGUGCCGUCGCCGUGACUACAGGUAACACAUGGAUUGCUCAAGGUGGUAGUGUGAUCACUGCAUUGAGUAACGGUGGACUGGCUGGAACUAUCUAUGAAUUUAUUGUCGUAUCCAUGUGCUACUGGCUUGUCGCUGCCUCUAUCGCUGAGUUGGCCUCUGGUAUGCCCUCGUCGAGUGGUGUCUACCAUUGGGCAACUAUUACCGCUGGUCGAUAUGGUCGCGUCUGUGGUUUCUUCGCUGGGUGGUGGAAUUGUCUGGCCUGGAUUCUAGGUGCUGCCUCGAUGUCCUUGAUCAUGGGUCAACAGGUCGUCGCUAUGUAUGCACUCAUGCACCCUGGCUUUGAGCCCGCAACCUGGAACACCUUCGUCGCCAUGUUGCUUUGCACCUGGACCUGCUGUUGUAUCGUGCUGUUCAUGAACCGCUUCUUGCCCAUGAUUGGUAACUUGGGAAUGUUCUUCAUCUUGUCCGGUGUCUUUAUCACAAUCAUUGUCUGCGCUGUGAUGCCCCAUGUCAAUGGAAACCCUUACCGAUCGAACUUUGAUGUAUGGGGCUAUUUCGACAACCAAACUCAGUAUACCCAAUCAGGCUUUGUUUUCGUCAUGGGCAUGCUCAACGGCGCCUAUAGUGUCGGCACCCCCGAUUGCUCGACUCAUUUGGCUGAAGAGAUCCCCAACCCUAGCCGCAACAUCCCCAAGGCCGUGCUCGCCCAAAUGGUUUGUGGCUUUAUCACCGGUAUCUGCUACAUGAUCGCCAUCUUCUACUCCAUCCAGAAUCUCGACGACGUUCAGAACUCUCCGCUGUUUCCUCUCGCGGAGAUCUACCGCCAGGCUACUGGUACCAGCAGUGGUGCCGUCGGUCUUCUGGUCAUCGCCUUCAUUCCUACCAUGAUCACUGCCGCCGGCUGCUACAUCACCGCCGGUCGCACUCUGUGGACCAUCUCUCGUGAUCGCGCGACUCCGUUCCCCAACUGGCUUGGUCACAUUAACACCCGAUUCCAGAACCCCUUCAACGCUACUCUUAUCUGUGGCUGCACGGUCACUGUUCUAGCUUGUAUCUAUAUGGGAUCUUCGACCGCUUUCCAGGCUUUCGUCGGAUGCUUCGUUCAACUGUCUAGUCUGUCAUACUUCAUGGCGAUCUUCCCUCAUAUCUUAAGCCGCCGUUCUUCCUUUGUUCCCGGUCAUUUCUUCAUGAAAAGCAAGAUUGGCUUUGUUGUGAACACUCUCGCUUGCAUCUACAUUAUUGCUUUCGCCAUCAUCUUCUGCUUCCCCUUCGACACCAAUCCUACGGCCCAGACCAUGAACUACGCUAGUCUGAUGACCGGUGGUCUGUCUAUCUUUGUUGCCAUCUGGUGGUUCGUCCGCCAGGGUUCAUACGAGGGACCGAAAAAACAUCCCCAUCACCGACAAGCAUGUCCUCGCUGA